AGCGGAAUUUAGCAAACACAUGAAAACGCCAGGAUGAGAAAACCUUUGCCUUGUAGCUGGUGAGGGUUGUUGGGGUCCCUUCGCCCAAACCCUUGAAGGCAUAACUCCCCAUCCCCUUCGAUCCUCUGUUCCACCGCUUCCCUCUAGAUGGCUCCGCCACCCGCACCUUCUCACGCCAUCAUCCUUCCCAUGGAAUCCCCGUUUCGUCUUCUUUAAGAGGUUGAUGAAGAUGACUACUAUCAUUGGAGACUCAAGAAAGGGAAUAUCUUGAAAUUUUCGCAUGAUUCUAUUGCCACAAAAUCACAAUUAGCUCAAUGAAUUACUGAUGUCAUGGUUGGAUCACGAACUCUGAUUGGAGGAAUUUUUAGACGCUCAGGCCUCAAGCGCUUUGAAAGUAAUAAAUAUUUGGAUUACACUCUCACUCCUAUACAGAAGGAGCGUCUUCAAAAGCUUCAAGAAAGAUUGAACAUACCAUUUGAUGAAGAAAGCCUUGAACAUCAAAAAGCUCUUAUAGAUUUGUGGUAUUUAGCAUAUCCAGAUGUUAAACUUCAAGGUUUGACCUCAGAGCAAUGGAAGGAUAUGGGGUGGCAAGGAGUCAAUCCUUCAACCGACUUUAGGGGUUGCGGUUUUAUUUCACUAGAGAAUUUACUGUUUUUAGCUAAAAAAUUUCCGUCUGCUUUUCGUAGGUUAUUAUUUAAACAAUCUGGUGAACGAGCAACAUGGGAAUACCCUUUUGCAGCUGCAGGCAUCAAUAUAUCGUAUAUGUUGAUUCAAAUGUUAGAUUUAUAUUCAGUUAAACCUAAAUGCCUUCCUGGUGCUAAUUUUCUAAGAUUAUUAGAAGAUACUGAAGAAGCAUUUGAUAUUUUAUACUGUGUAACUUUUGCUUUGAUGGAUGCUCAAUGGCUUGCAAUGCGUGCAUCAUAUAUGGAAUUCAAGGAAAUACUACAAAUUACUCGAGCACAAUUGGAGAGAGAACUAUCAUUGGAAGACAUUUAUCGAAUACAAGAUUUGCCAGCUUACAAUAUACUUGAUAGUUAGGUCAUCAUCAGUUGCCUUUUCUAGAGAUUGGGGAGUAUAAUACAUGCUCUCUAUUUUAGACCCUUUUCUCUUUUCUUUUUUUGUUGAGUUGUUUUUUUAGAUAAAUAAAAAAUAUAUAUAUUCACAGCUUACAAUA